CCCCCUGGCCGGUCCCCGGGCGGACAAAGGCGCCGGGAGGCGGGGAAGCGCCACGGGCAUCCCGGGAGUGCGGCUCCCGUGGCCCGGCAUGGAGCCGGCGGGGCGCCCGGCCGCGGGGAGGCUGCUCCCCGCCGCCCUCCUCUUCCUCCUGCUCCUCGCAGCAGAAGAUUGUCUGGCUCAGUGUGAUAAUGACUGCAAAGCUUACUGCUGUGAUGGGACUACUCCCUACUGCUGUUCGUAUUAUGCCUACAUUGGGAAUGUCCUUUCAGGCACAGCGAUAGCUGGAAUUGUUUUUGGUAUAGUAUUUAUAAUGGGAGUGAUUGCUGGGGUUGCCAUCUGUAUCUGCAUGUGCAUGAAGAACAACCGUGGGACUCGAGUAGGGGUCAUCCAAACUACGCAUAUCAACACUAUCAGCACAUACCCAGUGGCUCCACCACCGUACAGUUAUGAAUAUGAAAUGGAGUACCCAGCUGACCUACCUCCACCUUAUACUCCAACUCCACAGACUUCGAUACAGUAUCCCCCACCCCCUCCUUACCCUGGAAAUUCAGGGAAAUAAUUACAUGGCUUCACACGGAUAUUAACUUCUUGUUGAAACAGCCAGCAUGACUGGAACAAAUACUCAGCUCAGGGACAAAUAGGAUAGGCUCUACAUCAACAGUUAUGGCCAGACGUUUAAACAAUGUGGGAAGGUUGCCGUGGCUCAGGAUGAAGAAGAAUACUAUCCACUCCAGACCACGACAUUUCAUGAUUAAACAACAUGGGACCAAAGAAACAUUUCCAGUAAGUUACUGCCUGAUGAGUAUUGCUUAGCAUCAGCGCAGAGCUUCGCGCAGCCUGUUACAGCACAUGGGAGUGGGGUUCUUCCCAUGUAAGACUGUGCAAGUGGUGCAAAUGAUUCUGCAAGCUAUUUUGAAGCACAAGAGGCAGCUGCUGGGGCUUAUUUUUGGGGGAGAACUCCAACUGUUGUCUUCAAGCAUGUGCUAUGCCUUUUCUUGAAGCAAGGGAAGUAAGGAAGAGCAAGGAAGACUGAAGCUAUUUCCAGUUUCUGCUUCAUGUUGAUAAUACUCGAUGAUCAGCUGUGCAUAUUGGUCUGAGAAGAAUAUUAUCAAGAGAAGUGCUGUUGGAGUUAUUCUGUAACCAAAACCGAUGGAUAUUAUUUUUGGCCAAGUGCAGGUUGUUCUAAGUGCCUACUUUUAAACAGUUUAAAACUAGGCUGUGGCCUAGAAUGUAAACAUAAAGAGUGUUUUUAUAUGUGAAAUACACUAAUUUAUGGUUGAUUUACUUGGACUUAAAUACUGUAGACAUUGGAUAUACGCUAUAAUGCCUUUUUUAUCAGCAAAUGAUACUUUGAUUUUUUUAAAAAUCACUGAAUUGGGGAAACUCACAAGUGGAAGAAGAAAUACAGUUCAAAUAUUAAAGCAUCAUAGAUUUGUCUUCAACUGGGUUGAUUAAAGAUUUUUUUAAUCGUAUUGUAUUUACCAGUAAUAAUGAUAUUCAGCUAAACCAAAGAGGUGAGCAGAGAGACUGUGAGCAUCAGAUUACUUUUGAAUAUUGUCUUGAAUAUUUUAAAACUGUAAGUCACCGAAUAAUAUUUUUGCAUUUGUCACACAUGUUGUUCAAAAUUACUUAAUCUCUACUCUGUAAAGUAUAGGCCUUAAUAAUUUAGCGUUGCAUAUACUUAUGAGGCUAACUGUGAUUCAGCAGCAGCUAUUUAACUUCGCAGUAGAGCAUUCCAUAACCUAAGGCAUCCUCCUUCAAUGGUAAGACUAGUAUAUUUCUUAGUUUUAUAUGUGAACCACAAAGACAGUGGUUCUCUUUGGGGAUUUAAAAGUGCUGAAUACCCUUAGUUUGAGUUGGGUGACUGUGCAAUUUGAAAAUGCUACAGCCAAUAGCAGAAGGUGACAAAAAUAUGGUGCCUAUAGUUCGGGAUGUGGUAUUAGGUCCAUUUCAGAGGGAGAGACUAUAGCUUACUGCUGAUUCCUGGAGAUGAGAAUGCAUUUAAAUGUUUUUCAGUGUAACCCUCAUCUUCUUCUCUGGUCUAUCACUGUACCAAUGAAUAAAAUUCUGUAUCCAAAGAAGGGCAAUGAAGCUCAUGGGGGAUCUAGAGAACAAGUCUAACGAGGAGCGGCUGAGAGAACUGGGGUUAUUUAGCCUGAAGAAGAGGAAGCUGAAAGGAGACCUUACCACUGUCUACAACUACCUGAAAGGAGGUUGUAUCAAGGGAGGUGUUGAUCUCUUCUUACAAGUGACAAGCAAUAGGACAAGAGGAAAUGGCCCAGGUUGUGCCAGGGGAGAUUUAGAUUGGGUAUUAGGAAAAAUUUCUUCAGUGAAAGGGUUAUCAAGCAUUGGAACAGGCUGCCCAGGGAGGUGGUCGAGUCAACAUCCCUGGGUGUAUUUAAGAGGUGUAGGUUUGGUAAAGUUAGCAGCAUUAGGUUUACAGUUGGACUCAAUGGUCUUAAAGGUCUUUUGCAACGUAAACAAUCCUAUGAAAAAACUUCUUGCAAAAUGUGGUACCAUAUCCAAGUGAGGUCAACUGACAACCUCUCAUUACCCUCCAAGUCUGAUAUUUUUGGCAUUCAGUCUUGAUUGAGAGAAGAACUCAAGCAACCUUUUAACUUUGAGCACAAACAUUAUUCAAGACUUUCUUGUAAAAAAGACCUUAUUGGCUUCUCUUGCUCAGAUUUUGUAAUUGUAUUUGUCCUUUCCAGGCUGACUAAGCUUAUCCUCUUGAAACCUCUCUUGAAAAUGCAAAUGGCCUCAGUUCUUGCCACUGUAAGUUCAGAAGAUCUGUGUUGUGGCUCUUUGCCAAGGUGAGACUUGAGUUGCAGGCCCAUUAGCUAUGUAGGCAUUUGUAACCCAGUCAGAGGAAAACUGAGCUGCAUCAAAGGUUUUGGUUGCUACUGAUUCCUUGGAGGAAGGAAAGUUGUAUUCUCGUUUCUGUUCUGACUGUAUUAUCUUUAUAAUUAUUUCUGCUCUGAGCUGUGACCUGCAACAUUUGAGCUGGUACCAUGACCUCUCAAGAGACAGAUGUUCCUCAAUUAAAAUCCUCCCACGAAGGGCAGCCUUCUUCAUGCAGUGUUUUGGCAAUCCCUACUCAAAACCAUCUGCUGGGGUAUUGAUGUGCCUGCCGAUGGAAUGGCCAGUGUAAAGAACAGAAUAAGCACAGUUUGCAGGAAAUUCUGUUUCUGCCACAUUGUUCUACACUAGUUCCUCAACAUUUUCCAGCUGAUCGCACCAGAUGAUAUUUCUGUGCCAGAAAGUUACCUAUAGAUAAAGGGUAUUGUCAUUUUCUCCACUCCUGUAUUUCAUUUCUUUGUGCUGAACAUGCAUUCACACAAAUCAAAGAGCAGUUUGUAUUUGAUGAAUCCAGUCCCCUGAAAAAUACAGAGAAAGAAAACUAUCCUAUAGAUCAUAAAUCUUCCCUUAGAGGAAGAAUUUCUUCAGCUCUGACAUUUGUCAGAACAAGUUAUAAAGCAGAUUUCUUAAAUAAAAAGACAUCUGGAAAAUAACUACAAGUCUUUGAUCAUGGAGUCCUCUAGUUUUCAGCUUUGCAAGUGUGGGUUGCCUCUGAUGGGACUGCUUAAAAGUCAUAAUGACCGAAGUACCUACAAUGUAUACAUGGUUUAUUCCAGGGGGAAAAUAUGGCAAUAGGAAAUUGAAAAUUUCACAGUGGUUGAAAACUAUUUGCUUGCUAUGAAAACACUAGUGGGGAUGUUGAUUUUAGUGUGUUAAUUAAUGUUCUGCAGAUCCACAUAUGUUUGGCCAUACCAGAAAAUUAUUUUUAUUGCAAAGGACACCACAUCUCUUGUCCUGGCUAAGGGCAUAAAGCUCGGAGGUGUUGCCUUUCCAUCAAAUCAGGUAAAACUAGUACAGAGUAGCCUGUUUUCAGAAGGAGGUGAUGAUUGCAUUGAAAAUAGGCAGGCAAACUGAGACAGCCAAAGGGGGGGGGAGUCAGAGAGAUCUAUAAAAGUAAAGGGAUAGAACAAAGAAGUUGCUGCAUAAACAAAUAGGAGUAUUUGCUAAUACUAAAGGUUUAUUAGUUGAAUUUAGUUGAAAAAGUUAAGUGUUUUUAUACCUUAAGUGUUAUUUUCUUUGUGUGGAAAUAUGUAAUUUGUUCAACACCUCCAUAUUCAAAGUACCUGCAGUGCAAAUACUGCCGACCAGUAAGCAUUUAUUCUGUAUCACAUGAAUAGCUUGCAGAUGAGUGGGUUAGUACAAAGAGUUUUCACUUAGUCACACUGGCUUAUUUCAGUCUCAUGCCCUGCAUCAUAGUGUAAAGUAAGAAAAAACCAAAGUAAUCUAUGGCUGGGAAAAGCCGAACGAUCUUUGGCUUUUCUCGCUUGGCAGUGGACAUUAUCACUGAUUUGAUUGGGGAGUUUAGCAUUGCCCUAGGCAGUUCAUAUUCUUGGACCAAAUGCUACUGCUUUUCUUGUGGCCUCAGGUUGCCCUGUUUUGGCUUACGAUUUCUAUGAGGCAGAGAGGGAAGGUCACCGAGAACAGGACCCGGGCCCAUGAGCCUUUCUCCUUCGUUUCCUAGUUUAGCACAUUAGAUGACUGCCUGGUUGCACAAGUGCUGUUAUGGAUUUGAAGCAGCAGGAGCUGCAGGUGCCUCCAAGGGCACAUAUGCUUGCAUACGCUCUGAUGCCGGUCCUUUGUAGAAAAAAAUAAAUUCUGUGUGAUGUCUUAGUUAACCAUGUAUCGGGGAUAUUUCAAGCCAUGAUUCAUUUUACAAACUUAAUUUAAUCUGACAUUUCUUUACUUUUUUUUUUUUUUCCCAGAAAGAGCUACUUCCAAACCAGUUAUCUCUCUGACAGCCUACUGUUUCUCUGGUAUAUACCAAACAGCAGGAGAAAUGUAUUUAAGGGCUAAUGACCCAUUUGGGAGACUUUACAAAUUAGGUAAUAAUCAGUUGGAGGAGUUAAAGGCCAAGGCAAAGCCAAGGGAAGUUAAUGUGCUAGUCUGCCAUUACCUAAAUGAUACACUCCUGUGAAAGGAUCAUUAAUGCUAUUAUAAGCCUUUUUUAAUUAAUGAAAAAUGUAAUUAUUUGCUUUUUUAAUAUUGGUAACUUUGAAAGAUGCCAUUUUACCCAUGUAUUAGACCAGAUUUUUAAUAGUUCGACAAUGAAAAGAGUAGAUUGCUCCAUAGAGCACCUGGAUCGAUAUUAACAGUGUUCUUGGUAUAGUACAAAUAGAGUCAUUUAAUUUAAAGCAAAUGUUCUCAAGACCCUUUGUGAAAACCACAAUGAUAUUUUUUUGAUGUAAUGGGAUAGUUCAUAAAGCAUUGAUGGCUAUCUAUUAGAAUAGGAAAUGUUUGGCAUUUCUGUAUUCACUUUCAUCCUGGAAGGUCUCCAAAUGUUGUUGUAACUGGAAAAAUAAUUAUUUUAGUCACCUUGGAAUAAAAGGCAACAGGUGUUUCACAGCACACAGUAAUAGUCUGUAACACCCUGCAGCAAAAGAAUUAAGGGAAAUUGAAUAUAUUUCUUCAGUGUCAGUAAAACAUCAGUGAUUGGACAAAACACCUUGAGAAAAUAACCACCAAGACCUUUUAUCAUGUGGUCCCUGUUAUUAUUUUCUAAUGGGUACACCCUGUCUCAUGGUGGUUUUUAUAUUGCAGCAAUGUCUGAGGUCCAAAAAGCAGAGCCCCAGCCCAAGCCUGGAUUGCAGCACACCCAUUCUAAACCCCACACACACACUCUGUCAUGAUUUUGGUGUGCAGUUGAAAGAGAUGAACAGAGGACUAAAGAAAGGAGGGGUGAUGGUCCCUCGCUUUACAAAAGGGAAAGAGAGAUGACCGUAUCACAAAAUGGUCAAGACUUUUUGAUUUUGUAUGACCCACCGAGGUGGACUUUCUGGUGCUGGUGCUGGUGACUGUCACUGUAGGGCAAGAAAAAGCAAUGACCAUGGAGUGUGCUGAAGAGCUGGUACACAGUCAGGACAACAGCACAAAGAGGGAUCCAGGAAGCUCUGGCUUGGGUAUCAUGUAACUCAAGGUGCUGGAGGCAACAACUAGAGCAGAAAUGUUUGUCUGUCUGUUGUACUGUGAAGAUAAGAUGGACAAUAUUUGCACAGCAAUUGAAAAUGUUAAUUAUUUUUGUUAUGCUAUGCACCAUAAAUAUUUUGCAUCCGUAGUGGAGGCUAGGAAAGGGCAGGCUUUGGAUGCCAUUGCUAUCACAGUGAUGACUAAGAAUGGACUAAAGCCAACAGAAACAAAAGGAGAGCCAAAGACUUAGGUGUUUCUGAAGAAAGUGGGGGUUCUUGUCAGCCUAACAUAUGGAGCUGGUUCCUUCACAGAGUCAAGCUGGUCUCCUGCCAGUGAAGGCAGCUGAUUUUAAACUGCUGAAGCCUGCAGGAGGGAGACUGAAGUGGGAACUCUGUGGUGCUGUUUUUCCCCAGGCCUGAGUCUUCAGCUGAGCCCUCUGCUCACUCACAGGAAACCUACUGGGGGGAAGGCUUCAAGGCAGUUAUCGUUCAGGCUGGCUGUCUUGGCCCAUAAACUUUGCAACACAUGUAUGAUAUGUUCAUUUUCAGGAUCAUGGGCAAAAAACAUUUUUUCAUGGCUAGUAAGCAGUCCCCAAUUUUCUCUCGAUAGAUCCCAUGUUGCAUUGACGGAAAGUCCUCCAUUACAGGAACUAAUCUGGAGAGUAGUACAGCCUUUUGUCAGUUUAUCUAACUUGCCCAGAAUUUUUAUAUUACAGCAUAUUUACCAGUGACUCAUCUCAUUGCCCUUUAUUUUACAUGCUCCUUCAAGAUCUCUCAGGGCUGCGUCCUUAUUUUACUGCUGCUUGCCAAAGAGCUUUUCCAAAGAGUGCUGAUCACAGGAUAACAUUUUCCAAGCAGACCCUUACCCUGACCCCUGCAUCGCCACCGCUAGAAGCUGCCUGGGGAGGCUGAGUUCUGCAAGAGUCAGGGUACUGCAAGGCUACCCUGAUUUUAAACAUCACCUCCUCUGCAGGGGAGGAAGGCCAGCUGUUCUGCAUCUAUCCUGAGAUCACCCUCAGCUCAGGCUUUACUUGUGACUGAACUCCUCUCUUUCUCUCUGUUUCCAAAAAUUCAAGUGUGGCCAGUAAGCUUAGAAAGAGGAAAGGAAAAUGGAAAAAGAAGUCAUGCCCACAUCUGCUUUUUGGUUUAGCUCGGCUCUGAGGGAUGUUUUUUUCUCUUUGUAUGGCCAGCUAUCAAGUUGAUAGGAUGUCUUCUCUUUUCUGAAUAUUUCUGGUUUUUUACAGCAUCUUUAACAGGAGGGGAGGAUGUGUUGUGGGUAUCUGUGCAACUGCAAAGCCCAAACGUUCCCUGGGGCUGCCCUGUGAUUUUGGUACCUAAAGGCCCCUGCUUUGUGUCUGGACCUUUAUGAACAAUUGAUCAACUAGGAAAUUGUUUUUACCCAUUUUGCUGAAGUAGAACACACUUCCUGGCUUAAUUUUUAGAUAUCUAAUGUCCCUUGGUCUUAUACAAGUGGUAAAUUGUUGGUGACUUAUUUAAACAAAAUGGUAAUCUACAGCUGGGAAUCCAGUGAAUCCACAUAAUAGGACUCAAACUCUUUCAUUAUAUGCUGAAACUUGAACAAUAAUUUGACAACUACAGAUCUAUAUAGAUUGUACAACAGGAUGUACAGAAUAUACAUGUGGAAUAAAUCUGAAUACUUGCAGCUGGCACGUGUUUUAGACUGAGUAUCAUAGCAGUGAGCUGCUUUGUUAUGGUAUGGGCAUGGGGUGGUUAAUUACUUGCCAAGGCAUAAAGGGAUACCAGGGUAUCUGCCAUUUAUUGACAGCUAAUAGACAAGGUUGCUUCUGUACCUGCUGCCUCACAUACCAAGAGUUUAUGAAAUCAUCUGAGGCUGCCCUUGUCAAUUAUCAUCAUCAUUAUUUCCAUGUUUAGAAAACAAGACAGAGUUCUUGUGGGCAUUCAUCAAAGAAGUGCUGUGGUAGUGCAGUCUCUACUACUGUGCCUCAGCUGAGACCUCAUCUUGAGAUUUAGGAAUGAAAAUAAAUACAUACGUGCUGCAUUGCUAUUCCUCAUUUGGUGGUGCAUUUCCUCUGAGGUGGAGUGUGGGGGAUCAGCCAUCUGAUUCAGGAUUGGGAAAUCAGGUGAUACAUGUGUGUGCGCAUAGUGAUGAACUUGGACAGGGACCAUCUCAGCUGGAUCAUAGAUUUGUGCUCGUUACCGACAAACUGUAAACGUAUGUUUAAGAUGUCUGCCACGGCUACACUAUCACUGUUUAUCCAUCUUCAUAAUCCACAAGAGUCCAUAACAGGGUAUAAAUGGUCCUUGACACAGCUGAAAGACUGGUAGAAUAAAACAGAUUUUCCACUAGUUUUCACUACGUGGUACAA